AUGCUCAUUGACUUUUUUGUUGAAUUUGUUUACUUUUAUUUAUUUACUUAUUAUUACUGCGACUUAUUAUUAUUAUUAUUAUUAUUAUUAUUAUUAUUAUUAUUAUUAUUAUUAUUAUUAUUAUUAUUAUUAUUAUUAUUAUUAUUAUUAUUAUUAUUAUUAUUAUUAUUAUUAUUAUUAUUAUUAUUACGAAAGUUUAUCACCUGA